AUGAAUCCAUCCUGCAACACCCAACAACCUCAGGCUGACAAUUGUGUCAGAGUGGAAGAUUAUGGCUUACAUCAACCCUCGGCCCAACAAAAGCUAACGCCUUUGGAUAUGAACUUACCCAGGCUCUAUGGAGCACGCUGGGUUCUCUGCUUCCCGUUGCUGCCAGGGUCUGAUAAGUUGCAAGUGUACAAGAAACUCAAACAAGGACUAGCGCACACCGUUGUGUCGACUCCCUGGAUCUCUGGCACUAUCGGUCCAGAGGACGGACAAGUUCCUGAUAACGGAAGGAUCCAGAUUGUUGAAUCAUCGGGCUCUCUGUUGUUUCCCUAUAACGAUCUUACCGGAAUCAUGUCCUCAUAUGCAGAGCUGAAAGAGCAAAACUUCCCGCUGUCUGCCCUCUCAACAGCACAGCUUGGCCCUAUAGACGUCAUGCCACAAGGGGCCAUACAACCUGUAUUUGCGACCCAGGCCAACUUUGUGGAAGGCGGGCUUCUACUAACAGUGGGUGUUCAUCACUCGGCCUGCGACGCCUCUGCUUUGGAUACCAUCGUCAGCACUUGGGCUCACAACACUGCUGCUGUCAGCGACGGUAUCAAGUCCUUCGCACCAUUCGAUGAGCAGUCGAACGAUCGUUAUCCUCUUAUGGAAGGCAAUCUUGACACUGAGUCAGGCGACUCUUAUGGUUACCAGCUCAUGCCUACUCCUUCAGGGAGCAACCACAUCAGUCCUAAUUUUGAGAUGCCUCCCCUCUCUUCUCGCCUUUUCCAUUUCUCAUCCGAAUCACUGAAGAAUCUCAAAGAAACUGCAGAGGCAUUCUCUACCCACGACGCCCUGCUUGCCUUUAUCUGGCAACAUAUGACCUUGGCCCGGCUAAAAUCUGGGGUUUUCGCUAAUCCUCCUGGCGAUGCGGACAUGUCGGCACUGUGUCUCGCCGUUAAUGUUCGCAGUCGUAUGAGCCCUCCGCUACCACCAUCUUAUCUCGGAAAUGCAUCAAUGCCUUGUGUGACUGAGAAGCUUCCGGUAUCAGCUAUCACGUCAGAUGCCAGUCUCCCUCGAGUUGCAGCAACCAUCCGAAAAUCGUUGGCGGCGUUUAACAAUCCAGGUCGAGUGUCUGCGACUAUUGGGCUUCUAAAUUCUCGGACCAACCCCACGGAUUUCAAACUCGCUUUCCAUGGUUUUCUAGGCCCUGAUGUUGUUGAAUCGUCUUGGACUGACCUUGGAGUGUAUGGCAAUGUCUGGGGCGCGAUGGGAAUGUUGGAUGCGUUUAGAGUUCCAGGUGAAGGUGCAGAUGGAGCAAUCACAAUACUGCCCAGACUGAGAGAUGGGAGUUUGGAAGUUGUUAUUGCAUUGAAGACGGAGGCCAUGGAGAAGAUGAUCGACGACCAGAGCUUUGCUGAGGCUGUCAAUUUCUAA